CUUCCCCCAGGCGAGGCCUUCGUCUUCCCCCAGGCGCUCACCCACUUCCAAAGGAACGUCGGCAAGGGACCUGCCUUCGACAUCGCCGCGCUCAACAGCAAGAACCCUGGGACCCAGCUGCUGCUCAACGCGGUUCUCGGAUCCAACCCCAAAAUCCCCGUCGAAGUUGUGGCCAAGGCCCUUCAAGCCGAUAACAAUGUCGUCACUCAGCUCCAGUCCAAGUUUAAAUGA